AUGUAUCUAAACUUCUUCAUUUUCUCCAUACUUAUCAAUAUCACAAUUCAACUUUCUCUCGAAAUCAAAUGCAUUUUCUUCUGCGAGAAAUAUCACAAUAAAACAUGGUCAAUCAAAGCUGAACUAACUGAUUAUUCGGGAAACCCAAUUUUUGAACAAGAAAAAGUUUUAGUUCCACCCGGUUAUCAUGAAGUUAAAACAUCCGCGUAUCCUGAAUUAUUUGGGCGGAACCUUGAAAAUGUUGACAAAGGUUUGAUUUACCGAAUUCAUCAUACUUGUUCAAAAAGUGGAAAAUUGGUUGUUUCAAAAAAUAUAACAGGAAUCACUAAGACUAUGAGGUAAGUUUUGUAUAUUGUUCUGUUAACUGUUUCUUAUUAUAGAUAUCCCGGAAAAUUUUUCAAUGAAACUUUGGAUGAUCAAGGAUCGCUAGAGUUUUUGCAAGUGGAGGAACCUGAAUAUUCGUCUUUUAAUGGAUAA